CGCAAAUGCAGUACCACAGGCAUCUGACUGACCCCAGAUCAGCUAUAAAUACGGCCUGCAAUCCCAUUGAAUUCGUUCUUUUCUUCAUCAGACACACAGGCCCCUUAUCCGCUUCAUCCUCUUUCUCAAAGAAUCAAAAACCUCUACACCUCUCGUCCGCUUCUACGUCGAAGUCCUCAUCUACCAAAAUGCAAUUCCGCUCCGUUAUCGCCCUCCUGGCUGCCGCUACUGCCGUCACCGCUGCUCCCUGUGACAGCUGUGAUGGUGGCGACUCUGGCGACUCUGGUGACUCCGGUUCCCAGUGCAGCUCUAACCAAGAAAUGAAGUGCUGCUCCGGUCUCACCAACGGGAUCCUGAACCUCGACAUCCUGCCGGUCCUGUGCCUCCGUAAGCUUUGAACCUUGAUAGAAGAUCCAUGUUCAUCUCUAAUCCCACCUUAGCUCUUCUUGGCAACUGCAACAACCAGGUCGCCUGCUGCGAGACCAAUGGAGUUGUGAGUGAUUUCCUUUGCUUUGAUUCACAAUACGGAACCUAAUUAUCUAUCUGCAGGGCCUCCUAAACUGUCUCACUAUUCAGCUCUAAGUUGAUCGCAUUUCGCAACCGCCAGUAACGAUAAACGGGCGAUCACCAGCGAUGAGGUGAUCCGCGACUCGGUAAAUCGACAUGUCUUGCUGCGGUUGGGCGGGGAGCAGUGUUGUUCCAGUGUCUAGGUGUACACGCAUUGUCCUAGGUCUAAAGACUGGAAAUUAGAAUAAUAAAUUACAUCGCUAGGAUGUUUAAUGCAACCUUGGCAGUAUGUACAUCGGAAAA